UUUAAGUAAGACCUAUAAGCGUGACGAUGGAUAGUGUCCUGAGCCUGCAGGUUAGGCUGAAAGAUUCAGCGACCAACAAAGUGAAGAUCUAGGAGUCUAUUUUCCUUGAACCAGUGCAAACUGAUAAAACUUAGAAGGAUUAUAGCUCCUGCAGAAGGAAAAUAAGAAGAAGUAAGAAAUUACCAUUACUCUGCCAUUGACUCAUGCUAGAUGUCAAACUGAGAUACAUGCAAAACGCAAGCACAUACAAGCUAAAGGAACAGAUUGUGGCAAUAUUUAAAAAUAUCACAACUCUCUAAAUAAGAAGCAGUUCUGGCUGGGAGAAGACAUCCCUGCUCAGCUGGAGGAAAGUCAGAGAGCAUCUGAGAAGAAGCUGAGACCUUCAUUUUGCAAACACAUAAGGUGCUGACCGAGGCAGUAUAGUACCUCUGCAUCCCUCAUAGAGAAGGUUUUUUUCUUGUUUUUGUGUCUCUUGAAACACCUGGAGUGAGGAAAAACCUCCGCAUUGGCCAAGCAGAAGAAAGAGGAUCUAUGACUGAGGUGGAUCGGCUAGGAGUGGCUCCUCGCAGCAUAGAGGGAGGCACUUUUCACACUGUUUUGGAAUGAGAAGUUAAAUUCAUGAGCACACAUGAUUUAGAAGACAUGGGCUGUGGCACUUCGUCUUCAAGGAAAGACAGGAAAUCUGAGAAAGCGCUAAAAGCCGCAUUGAUCAUCCAGAACUGGUACCGAGGUUACAGUGCUCGGUUGAAGGCCAGACAACGCUAUGCCCUCACCAUCUUCCAGUCUAUCGAAUAUGCUGAUGAACAAGGCCAACUGCAGCUAUCCAACUUCUUUUCCUUCAUGUUGGAAAACUAUACACAUAUACACGAGAAAGACCCAGAUUUAGUUGCUCGACUCUUUGGUAGCACCCUCCAGGACUGCAGGGAUAGACAGGAGUAUGUCUCAUUCAUAGACGUCCCAGACUCCUAUAAUGGUCCUCGGCUGCAAUUUCCUCUCACUUUUAUUGAUAUUGAUUUACUUGUCGAGGCCUUCAGGCAACAACAGGUACUUCAUGCUCAUUAUGUCUUAGAAGUGCUCUUUGAAACAAAGAGAGUCCUGAAGCAAAUGCCGAACUUCACUCACGUAAAGACGUCUCCCUCCAAAGAGAUAACGAUCUGUGGUGAUUUACAUGGGAAACUGGAUGAUCUUUUUUUGAUCUUCUAUAAGAAUGGUCUCCCCUCAAGGAACAAAUAUAUUUUUAAUGGUGAUUUUGUAGACCGAGGAAAACAUUCCAUAGAGAUCCUAAUGAUCCUGUUUGUGAGUUUUCUUGUCUACCCCAAUGACCUGCACUUGAACAGAGGGAACCAUGAAGAUUUUAUGAUGAAUCUGAGGUAUGGCUUCACAAAAGAAAUUUUGCAUAAAUAUAAGAUGCAUGGAAAGAAAAUCUUAGAAAUCUUAGAAGACCUCUAUUCCUGGCUCCCAAUUGGUACAAUCAUUGACAAUGAAAUCCUGGUCAUACAUGGUGGGAUAUCAGAGUCCACAGACUUGAAUUUGCUCCACCGUAUAGAAAGAAACAAAAUGAAAUCUGUGCUGAUGCCACCAAUUCCCUUGGUUGAAGACCACGAUACUGACUUGAAGAAAAAUAAAGUAGGUGCAACUCUUAUACCUCGGGAACUCAAAACAAAUGGAUCCCCUUCUGAGCAGUUAACAAAACAUGAAUGGGAACAGGUUAUCGAUAUUCUGUGGAGUGAUCCCAGAGGCAAAAGAGGCUGUUACCCAAACACAAGUCGAGGAGGGGGCUGCUAUUUUGGACCAGAUAUUACCUCCAAGGUUCUUAAUAAAUACCAGUUGAAGAUGCUCAUUAGGUCUCAUGAAUGUAAGCCCGAAGGGUAUGAAAUCUGCCACGAUGGGAAGGUUGUUACUGUAUUUUCUGCUUCUAAUUAUUAUGAAGAAGGCAGCAAUCGAGGAGCUUACAUCAAACUGUGUUGUGAUAUGACCCCUCGAUUUUUCCAGUACCAAGUAACUAGGACAACGUGCUCGAGGCCUCUUUACCAAAGGGUGAAUGCUAUUGAAAGUAGUGCCAUCAGGAUAUUGAAAGAGAGAAUGAUUUCACGAAAAACUGACCUCAUUCGUGCUUUCCAACUUCAAGACCGCAGUAAAUCAGGAAAACUUUCUAUGAGCCAGUGGGCUUUUUCCAUGGAGAACAUUUUGGGGCUGAACUUACCGUGGAGAUCCCUGAGUUCUCAUCUGGUAACCACAGACAAAAAUGGAAAUAUUAACUACAUGUCCAGCUUCCAGGAUAUCCACAUUCAGAAACCUGUGAAAGAGGUUCAAUCUACUCUAAUUGAAACUCUGUACAGAUACCGCUCUGACCUGCAAAUCAUCUUCAAUGUCAUUGACUCUGAUCACUCAGGCCUGAUUUCCAUGGAAGAAUUUCGUGCCAUGUGGAAACUCUUCAAUAGUCACUACAACAUUCAUAUUGAUGAUUUUCAAGUUGAUGAGCUCGCUGAAAGAAUGGACUUAAACAAAGAUGGAAGCAUUGACUUUAAUGAGUUUCUAAAGGCUUUCUAUGUAGUGCAUAAAUUGGAUAAGUUGAACAAAUCAGAUGGCAACCCUCCUUAACAAGAACUAGGGCUUUCCCUCCUGUAAACUCUUGGGCCGAAAUCACUGAUGCCAUCUUUCCAGAACCCUUGUAAUUCAUAAUCAGUAGUAGAGAAAAGUAGACCCCCAUUCAUACCAUGAGCAGAUGUAUAAUGUGGGUUUCUGAAGUCCCCAUGAAGUGGUAAUUGGUAAAACUAGAUUAAAUGUCAGCUGAUAGUAUUUGGCUCCAGUGUUAGGACUCACACAUUGCCAGGUAGAAACUGGGUUUGAGCCUAGUGUUGGCCUCUUGGACCAGGAGACCAGAGCAGUUUGGAAACAUGUUGAAAGGAACCCACAGAGCACCAGAGAAAAGUACAACAUGUGUGAGUGACUGAGGGAUGGGAGGAGGAAUACCAAACUAUUAAUGAAAUAAAAUAUGUCCAUCUUU